CCUCUUUUUGUGGUGCUCAUCCCACUGCUGCAAAGAAGAAAUCGAUGAUGACGAAAAGCACAAAUUAUGUCAUUAUGGCAUUGCCUUUUUCAGAACACAUGAAGUGGGGAGGGAUUUUACGCUCCCACUUUCUUCUUUUUCUCUUAUCUUUAUUACCCUCGGUGGCAGUUAGUAGCGUGCCAGGUUUGGAAUAUGAUUGGGGAACACAACCCAAACUUGUUUGCAUCCCUAUCCCUGCAGAUGUAGACCCUAGUUGUUUCACACCAGGUGAGGCUUCGCAUGGGGCUUCCAAUGGACAUGGGAACGGCCAUGGGAAUGGACAUCAUGGGCCAGUUAGCGGGCCGCCAAGUAGUCACAGCGGCAGCAGUAGUAGUAGCCGACACGGCAUUUCCGAUGAGGCCAAAGCCACCAUCCUUCACCUGAGGGAGAGCCUUGUGCGACAGAAGGAGACCAUCUUGGAUCAGCGAGAGACCAUUCGGGAACUGACGGCAAAACUGACUCUCUGUGAGAGCUUUGGGAGGGGACACCAUGAAGAUCAUCACGGCCCUUCACAACACAACUCCCAGCAUUCCUCACACCACUAUGACGGCCACCAUGCUGAUCCACACUUCCCUUUAAACGGACAUCGCAGUGACCAUCACAGAGGCAAAUCUCCAUAUCUGGGCAAACAUGGCUUCUCACCAGAACAGACAGGAAAAACCCUGCAGGCCCUGAAGGAGAGGCUGGAAAAUCUUCAGGCAAGAAAUUCUUCCAGUUCCUAUUCAAGUUCAUUGAGAGACCUCCUGCAGCGCAAGAUCAACGCACUGGAAGAACAGCUCCAUCAUCACUAUGACAGUCAUUAUGGUCAUCAUGACAGCCAUCACGGAUAUGGUCAUCAUGAGGAUAACCAUGACCAUGAUGACCACCAUAAUAACCACCACAAUAGCCACCAUGAGGACCAUCAUGAUAACCAUGACAGCCACCAGGCAAACCACCACGACGACCAUCACUCCAGUAACCAUCGUAACCACCAUUAUAGUUAUCGCCAUGACCGUCACACCGAACACCAUGAUGAUCACCACGAUGACCACCAUGGCAAUCACCAAGACAAUCAUCAAAGUGGCCAUGAUGAUCAUCAUGACAGCCACCACAACAGCAACCACCAUGAUGAUCAUCAUGAUGAUGGCCAUCAUGGCAAUGGACACCAUGAUGAUGGACACCAUGGAAAUGAUGAUCAUGUUCAUCAUCCACAAACCUCAAUCAAACCACCUGGGUCUAGAGCACCGGUCCGUGGAGCCAUCAACAAACUAGACGCAGUGCUGAGUAACCUUCACCACAAAACUCCAGAACAAGGGCCAAAUAAGAAGCCCAAGAAUCCCGACGCUUUUCAGAUUGGCUUCCCGAUGCGCACCAACUACAUGUAUGGGCGAAUAAAGCGCACCCUUCUGAGCGAGAUCUUCGCCCUCACAGUCUGUCUUUGGUUGAAAGGGGGCUCAGCUCCUGGGAUCGGAACCCCGUUCUCCUACUCUGUCCCGGGCCAGGCCAAUGAGCUUGUCCUGAUUGAAUGGGGCAACAAUCCUAUGGAGCUGCUGGUGAAUGACAAGGCAGUUACUCUUCCUCUUUCUCUGACGGACAGUAAAUGGCACCACCUCUGUAUAACGUGGUCCACACGUGACGGCAUGUGGGAGGCUUAUCUGGACGGUGUGAAAAGGGGCUCUGGAGAGAAUCUGUCUCCGUGGCAUCCCAUUAAACCAGGAGGAGUCUUCAUCCUCGGACAGGAGCAGGACACUCUGGGCGGCCGUUUCGAUGCCACACAGUCUUUCGUAGGCGAGAUGUCGGAUCUGCAGCUGUGGUCACGCAUGCUCACCCCCACCGAGAUCUACAACCAAGCGUCCUGCUCCAGCCACCUCACCGGUGACGUUAUCACCUGGAGCGAGUCCAUGGUGGAACUUCAUGGAGGUGUCACAAAGUAUCCAUUCGACCCUUGUCAUUAGGGAUCUGACCAAACAGAGCCUGAUUCUCCACACCUCUGCUUAACCUGCAGCUGGAAAGGUGGAGAAUUCUGAAUCCAGAUGGAAAGGCUGAAGAGAAGGCCUUGGACUGCAGCCGCUCCUGCAAGAUAAUAGGAUUCCACACAGGUCUACAUAGGCCUCGGGCAUUUAACUAAGCACUUUAUUAGUUUACGUGUCUAAGAGUUACAUACUGCAUAUCGAUAAGCACUUAUGAUGUCAACAGAUUGGUUGAACUCCAUUCCGUGUUUUUGAUUCACUUCCAAACACUAAUGGAAGAACUUCAGUAUGCUAAAAGUGCAAAACAC